AUGUUAGGUGUUGUUGGUAUUCUAGCGGUAAAUCCCGCAGAAGCGUAUCCCGUUUUUGCACAACAAAACUACGCAAACCCACGUGAAGCAAACGGUCGUAUUGUUUGUGCUAACUGUCACUUAGCUCAAAAACCUGUUGAAAUUGAAGUUCCUCAAGCUGUUUUACCGAAUACAGUAUUUGAAGCGGUUAUUGAAAUUCCAUAUGAUAAACAAGUCAAACAAGUAUUAGCUAAUGGUAAAAAAGGUGAUUUAAAUGUUGGUAUGGUUUUAAUUCUUCCAGAAGGUUUUGAAUUGGCGCCACCAGAUCGUAUUCCUGAAGAAAUCAAGAAAAAAGUAGGUAAUCUUUACUACCAACCAUACAGUCCAGAACAAAAAAAUAUUUUAGUUGUAGGUCCAGUACCAGGCAAAAAAUACAGCGAAAUGGUAGUUCCUAUUUUAUCCCCAGAUCCUGCUAAAAAUAAAAACGUUUCUUUUUUAAAAUAUCCUAUUUACUUUGGCGGUAACCGUGGCCGUGGUCAAGUUUAUCCGGAUGGUAAAAAAUCAAACAACACUAUCUAUAAUGCAUCAGCGGCUGGUAAAAUUGUAGCAAUUGCUCCUAUUGAGAAAAAAGGUGGUUAUGAAAUCACAAUUGAAAAAGCAAAUGGUGAAACUAUUAUCGAUAAAAUUCCAGCAGGUCCAGAUUUAAUUGUUAAAGAAGGCCAAAACGUCCAAGCAGAUCAACCUUUAACAAAUAACCCGAAUGUAGGUGGUUUUGGUCAAGCUGAAACUGAAAUUGUACUACAAAACCCAGCUCGUAUUCAAGGUUUAUUAGUAUUCUUUAGUUUUAUUUUAAUUACACAAAUUUUAUUAGUUCUUAAGAAAAAACAAUUUGAAAAAGUUCAAUUAGCAGAAAUGAACUUCUAAUUUUAUAAUAACGUUUUUUGCUUAUUAAGAUAAAAAUGUAGUUCUUACAACGAAAACACAAGUCUUGUGGUUUAUCGUAGUUUAAUGAGUAGCUCUAACCUAGUAAAGUUAAGCUAGGACGCUCUUCAUCCCCUAAAGGGGAACCGAAGGGGACAACCAACGCACUUC